GCUGUCGCAAAACCAACGAUCAAUCGAAUGGAUUCACGUUUGAUCGAUGUUUGCCAGCCGAUUCGAGGCGUCGUUAGAUUUCAUUAAAUCCUUAGGUUAGUCUUUAGCUUCGCAUUAAAAUCGUUAAUUAUUUUACGAUAAAACGGUGGGUGGGUCCUUCGAAUCCGUAAUAGCAAGUGGCCUCAAAAGGCAACGGGUUCCCGGUACCACUUCCGGGACCCACGUCACGUUUCACCCAACGAGCUCUGCCGAAAAGUACAACGAAGUAAAAAAGAAUAAGAAGAAGACAGUAAGAGAAAACAGUAAGAAUGAAAGAGAAUGAGAAAAUCAGCGCACGGGUACCAUGGACGGCACGGGGUCAAGCUGGCCCGCAGGGAAGAAUGGCAACGUUUAAAGGGGCUUAAAGUCAUCGGGGACGUAAUCGGCCCUGUCGAUCUUCGGUGGCCCUCUCGUGGUGCCAUAAUCCCGAGCAAAGGAACCAUCGGUUCUCCUCCAUUCAACGGCUGCUCAACCAGUUGGCAUUGAUCAUUGUGUCUCAGAAGAGAUCGGCUCAUAAUAGGCCACGUCGUUUCCAUCGUUGCUCGGUGCUGAUACGAGAAUAAAGACUCUCGAUCGAGAAGAGACUCGCUUUUUCUCUCUUCAUUGUGUCCUCGAGGAACGUGUCCAAGGAUCGUGCCGGUUCUGGCACGCACCGACUAUCGAAAGCGCGUCUCCGCGUCGACUUGCAACCAGGGACCAGGGUUGCCCCUGAUAAGAUCGUGAUCGAUCGUACGCGAGAUCGAUGUUUCCUCCGUACCCUGUCGAUGAAUUCGUCGGCGGAAUAUUUCAGCGUCGAAUUUUAGGACUACGUGGACGAGAUUUCGUUGUAAAUUCAAAGCGUACGCUUUUGGAUCUUCGAUCUCGCCGCGUGAUUUUUCAAGUUAAAUUUCAACCGUCUUGCGUGUACGAUCAGCCAGACGUAGAAGUCUGGCGAAUGUGGGAUGAAUGAAAAUACGGGUACUUGAGUAAGCUUAAAUUACAUUUCAUUCAUGCAGGAAAAGCAGACACGCGGGAGUCGGCCUUCCGGCUCGCGUUGCGCACGUAGAAACGGCAGAGCUUCUGCGUAAUAAUAGUCGGCCUAUAAUGUGUAUUAUCCAGACAUCCUCCUUUUGCGUGCAGCUUUUCCUAGCCACAGACGAUCGUUCGAUUGCGACAGCCAUGCUAAUCGCGACGAUGUUUCGCGUUUUCUCAACCGUUUGCGAUUUCAAGCAUUCGAUGGAAAGUUCACGGGGAGUUGAAUUUUAUAUUUCUACCAACCGGGUAUUCUGUUUUCUUGGCACCGUUUAACUUGGAUUUCAUAGAAGUGUUGGUAUAAUUGUUUAACCGGUGAAAGUGGACAUCCUUUGCGAAACACGAAUUCUGGAAAGCACUGCUGGCUUUAAUCGCGAGUCAUCGAGCCGCCGCGCCGCGUCGUUUCAAUGGGGGAGUAUGGUGUACAGGGGACAGGAAGGGGGUAAAAAUCGGUGAAGAGGAAUCAUGGCUGGAUGCACUCCCUCCCUAUGUUCACGCAGUUUUACCGCCGAGCCACUGCUUCUAUGUUUUUCGAGGGGAACCGACGACCUGUUGAGCCCACAGGAAUCGUUCACGAUUCGUUUCGAAUAGUUUGAAAAGAAUAUCGUCGCUAUCAAAAUUCCAAGGUCUUUCAAGACUUCUAUGUUUAUUUCAUUUUAAGUAAUCAUCAAAGAAUUUCUCGUUUAAAAACGUUUCUAUGCACUUUCACCCGAAUCUUUCCCAACAGAAACUCGUCGACUCCACGAUUCGCAACGUGAAAAUCAAAGUAACCCGCUGAAACAAUAUGCUUUCCAGCGACGCGUCACGCUGCUCCACUUUCCCUUCUGUCUUUCCCUUUUUUUAAUGACACUCAUCGGGAUCGUCGGUAAUGAUCGGCCCGAAACGACAAAUUAUAUUUUGCAUAAUGUUCUCCUCGGUGUACAGAGGGGCGACAAGUGGCGUAUAAAAAGAGAAAAUCGAACGACUCGCAACCGUUAGUUUCAAUCCAAUGGGACAUCCGAGGGUGACGAAAGUCGCGACGAUCGCGAUCGUCCUCCUAGCUUGCUACUUUUCCAAAUCCCAUGGGAUUUUCCAUGGAAACGAUCGAGGGAAGUCGAUCGAGAGGAGGCCACGAACGGCAGGUAUAGCCGACGAGGCCAUCAGUAGAAUUUUUCGAAUUAUCUCGACCGGGCCGUCGAAUGAAAAGGAUGACGAGCAGCUGGUGAAGCUCGUCAAAGAAGAAAUCGUACGAACGGCUCAGAGCAUCAAAAUGCCAUCAGGAUCCAUCGAAGCCGCCGCUAGAAGAGCUCAGAAAUUAGUCAUCGAAUUGACUGCGGCUUAUACCACCGCCAUUUACAAAUCGAAAUCCACCGAGGAGGCCAGAUUUAAUUUCAUGCGUUUCCAAAACUCUGUGCAACAGAUCGUUGAUUUUAUAAAGAGCGGGCAGUUUGUUGUGUAAAAUAAUAUAUCAAAUAAAGCUAUCCAACGAACGAUUAAUCACUCCAAUUAAUCCGAUUAUUAAUAAAGACUGAUUUAUUUUUCGUAAGACCGAAUGUAAUAAAAGAGAAAAGACUGAAAACGACAGAAUAUGGGGUAAACGAUCCAAUUUUACCGUUUCCCAUCGAGUACGGUAAGAAACGUUAUCGAUCAUCAACAAACGACCGACGAAUCUAUGGAGAACAUCGUACACGUGCCGGCAACAAUUUCCCCGUCGAGAUCGUGAGGAUAUCUUUUUUUUUUUUUUCUUCCUUUCCUGAUGGCCAGUGUGUGGCAACAAAAUUAUUCCCGCUGACGUAUGAGUCAGGGCAGACGAUCCAUUGUAAAAGCGGCAUGGGCUCAUAAUCUGGCGAUGUAGGAUCUCCAGGCCGAGCUGACCGGAACUGCGCCUAUGCUCUCUCGCCGGAAGUGCCGCUGCCACAUGUAGUAAUAUAAAUUAUAAUGCCCUUACGGUUUUUCCUUUCGCGGAUUUGCAUUUAAAACACCGGAAUGGCAUUGUGGUCGAAAUCCGAUUUUCAUGGAAAUAAGAAAACCCGCCGGUGGUACACGGUGCCUCAACUUCCAUGUCCCUCGCGCAGUGGGACACGCGGUUUUCGCGUGUAAGAUAAAACUUACAGAGAACAGAGGGAACAGGGAAUACCGCGUUGAUUUCCAUCGAAUCGUGCCAAGGCUAAUCGAAGAUCAAAUCUGGAAACGAUUCGCUUUCACCCGCUCGGACAAUGGAUUCUGAAGCUUUUCUAAUUCUUUUCUUCUCCGUGUCUGCUAAUUUUUUGGAACAUCGUUAACAUGGAGCUUGGGCACAGAAUAUAAUUAAUUAAUUAUCUGAUGUGUAGUUCGAAAAUUACGAAGGAUAUCGUCAAAGGACAUUGCAAAAUUUUACAUCAAUAACAGAAUAUUAGGAAAUCGAUAUUGCAGAGGAUUAGACGGAAAACCUUCCAGUGGAUUUCUAUCUAACGUUGUACAAUUUUCCAAGGACCUGCGAGAUUCAGGAGAGACAAGGAUAUCUUGAAAAAUUAUGAAAAUUAGAAUUACCUAAUCAAGAUCUUAAGGAUAUCCUCAAGGAUCAUAUUUUUAUCACAAAUCCUUCGAUUUGAAAUUAGAAAAACGUUAAAUACCAAAGGAUAUCUCGUUCAAAAUGAAAAUACCUAAAACCCUGCCGAUAAUUCUGAACCUGUUCUCCAGUAGAGUUUCUCCACAGGAUUUUCCAGGGUUCUAAGAAACCACAGGAACAGGAGGGUACGAAGGACGUCGUGGAGGAAGCUCGUCGUGCCUGGCUCAGAGUUACGACGGAGACUCGCGUCGUCCGUGGAUUUUAUAUGGGAAACUGAUUCGGCCACGAAGCCAUGGAGGAUAAUAUAACACCGGGGCAUUUUGUUUUGUUGCGCAACAGGAUAAUAAACAUCGUUCGGGCCUGCUACCGUGCCGACUAGAUAGCUACAACGAUGAAACAAUGCGGCAUUGUCCCGGCAAGCCGAACCGCCAAAGCACAGCCGAACCCAAGCACCGUGCUAAGUCAUGAACGGCAUUGCACGCGGUCUUAGAAGCUGGCUAACCGAGACUUGACCCUCCAAAGUGUGCUACCAUUGGAAAAAUCCCUUUUCUAUAUCUGCGAUCGUUUCUUCAAAUAGUAAAUCCUUAACUAUGAAUCUCAAAAACAAGAAAAUAGUUAGGACUGUCAGUGACCCUACGAACUAUUUUCUAUUUUUAUAAUUUCCUUAAUUUUAGGAAUAUUGAAAUCUACUUCGCGCUGAAAAUUAUUUUAUAAAUCCUCCUUAAAUCGUACAGUGUCUUAUGGAGAACGGAGUAGCCGUACCGCUUUACAAAUAAUUCGAAACGAAGAGAGUCAAAGGACGAUUCCUUCGGGAAUAGAUUUUUCCGGUAGGAAAGGCGGCUGGCUCGAUUGUUCGCGGUUGGAACAGUGCAAUGAAAGCUCGAUAGUAGGAACAAAAAGCCGUGAGGUAGACAUAAAUAAAUAGGUGGUGGGUGUGGUUGGUAAGGCCGCACACAUG